AUGUGGCCAGGCAAGUGGGCUUAUCCAGACAAUAGUAGGCUAGUGAGAUGGAAGGUGGCUAUUGUCCAUGACCCACUUCUGGGUAAUUAUGCACUAAGCCCAUUUAUACACCCAGAAAUUCCAGACCCAAUACACGAAUAUGGAUUUCCUGUAGAGUUUCACCUGCAGCUUGGCAAGGGCACACCAGCCAAGAUUGUCUGUACCCCAAGAUACCCCAAAGCAAUUGCCAGCCAUGGUGCAAGUAUGCACCAAGGGACGUACAUGCAUAUCCAUGGCUCUGACAUGGAUAAUGUCAAUGCACAAUUACGGGGACAGGAGGCCAGACACUCGUCUAUGGACAAAAAAGGUGGCGUUAUCGGAUACAGAACCAUCUAGGCUAGGGGCCGUCGCUAGCCAUAACCCCAAAAGCUGGAAUGAAUUGGUCCGCCCCGAGCGGCAUUUUCGAUCCCUGGCAAAAAAUGUAACCGGGAAUUCUCGUCACAACUGAGGCAGGGAGGAGGGAGGAGGUGGAGUGCUUUUACACAGAAACUCUAAAUUGAUAUACAAGGUAUCUAGCAAGCGUAUGGCGGACCAUACCGUUGGUAGUUUCUCCGCUCCCGUACAUGGGCACAUGCCAGCUUCUGCAUAGCAUCAAAACAGACAAUCUUUCCCAGUCCCAUUUGGGGC